CUCCCAACUGUUUUCCCGUUAUAUUCUCAAUUCCCCAUAAUCCCCAUAAUCCCUACCCCUAUCUAUCUGGUGGCGCACAAGCUUUUUCUCUUUCUCUCUUCCAGCUUUUCUUCUCAGGGGUUACUUUCGGGGGUGAUACACGUGAAAUCUAGUCAAGAUGGUGAAAUUCACAGCAGAGGAGUUGAGGAGAAUUAUGGACUAUAAGCACAAUAUACGGAAUAUGUCCGUUAUUGCCCAUGUUGAUCAUGGAAAAUCAACUCUUACCGACUCUCUAGUGGCUGCUGCUGGUAUUAUUGCGCAAGAAGUUGCUGGUGAUGUACGUAUGACUGAUACUCGUCAGGAUGAGGCAGAACGUGGCAUUACAAUUAAGUCCACGGGUAUCUCUCUCUAUUAUGAGAUGUCUGAUGAAUCUCUUAAGAGUUACAAAGGAGAGAGACAAGGGAAUGAGUACCUCAUCAAUCUCAUUGAUUCACCUGGGCAUGUUGACUUCUCAUCAGAAGUCACUGCUGCUCUUCGUAUCACUGAUGGUGCACUUGUUGUGGUUGAUUGUAUUGAGGGUGUCUGUGUCCAAACAGAAACUGUGCUCCGUCAAGCCCUUGGUGAAAGGAUUAGGCCUGUGUUGACUGUUAACAAGAUGGACAGGUGUUUCCUUGAGCUGCAGGUUGAUGGGGAGGAAGCUUACCAAACUUUCCAGAGAGUCAUUGAGAAUGCCAAUGUGAUUAUGGCUACCUAUGAAGAUUCUCUUCUUGGUGAUGUUCAGGUCUAUCCUGAGAAAGGAACAGUAGCUUUCUCUGCUGGUUUGCAUGGUUGGGCGUUUACUCUGACUAACUUUGCCAAGAUGUAUGCCUCCAAGUUUGGUGUCGAUGAGUCAAAGAUGAUGGAGCGUCUCUGGGGUGAAAACUUCUUUGAUCCUGCUACCAAGAAAUGGACAAGCAAGAACACUGGAUCUCCCAGCUGCAAGCGUGGUUUUGUUAUGUUCUGUUAUGAACCUAUCAAGCAGAUUAUUAAUACUUGUAUGAAUGACCAAAAGGAUAAGCUAUGGCCUAUGCUACAGAAGCUUGGUGUCACCAUGAAGUCUGAUGAGAAAGAACUGAUGGGAAAGGCAUUGAUGAAGCGAGUCAUGCAAACAUGGCUUCCUGCUAGUACUGCUCUGUUGGAAAUGAUGAUCUUUCAUCUUCCUUCCCCUGCAACGGCUCAGAAAUAUCGUGUGGAGAACUUGUAUGAAGGUCCUCUUGAUGAUAUAUACGCAACUGCUAUCAGGAACUGUGAUCCUAAUGGACCCCUUAUGCUCUAUGUAUCAAAGAUGAUUCCUGCAUCCGAUAAGGGUAGGUUCUUUGCCUUUGGUCGUGUCUUUGCAGGCAAGGUCGCUACUGGUAUGAAGGUUAGGAUUAUGGGUCCAAACUUUGUCCCUGGAGAGAAGAAAGAUUUGUAUGUGAAGAGUGUUCAGAGAACUGUCAUUUGGAUGGGAAAGAGACAAGAAACAGUUGAGGAUGUUCCAUGUGGUAAUACAGUUGCUAUGGUUGGUUUGGAUCAGUUCAUUACCAAGAAUGCAACUUUGACAAAUGAAAAGGAAGUCGAUGCUCAUCCUAUCCGAGCCAUGAAGUUUUCGGUCUCCCCUGUUGUGCGUGUGGCCGUGCAAUGCAAAGUUGCAUCCGACCUUCCCAAACUUGUUGAAGGUCUGAAACGUUUAGCCAAGUCAGAUCCUAUGGUGGUGUGUUCUAUUGAAGAAUCUGGGGAGCACAUUGUUGCUGGUGCUGGAGAACUCCAUCUGGAGAUCUGCUUGAAGGACUUGCAGGACGACUUCAUGGGUGGUGCUGAAAUCAUAAAAUCUGAUCCAGUUGUCUCAUUCCGUGAAACUGUUCUUGAGAAGUCAAGCCGCACCGUGAUGAGCAAGUCACCCAACAAGCACAACCGUUUGUACAUGGAAGCAAGACCUUUGGAGGAUGGGCUUGCUGAGGCCAUUGAUGAUGGUCGUAUUGGUCCAAGGGAUGAUCCUAAAGUUCGUUCCAAGAUAUUAUCCGAGGAGUUUGGUUGGGAUAAGGAUCUUGCUAAGAAGAUUUGGUGCUUUGGCCCGGAGACCACUGGUCCAAAUAUGGUUGUGGACAUGUGUAAGGGAGUCCAGUACCUGAAUGAAAUCAAGGACUCUGUUGUUGCUGGAUUCCAGUGGGCCUCCAAGGAAGGAGCUUUGUCUGAAGAAAACAUGAGGGGUAUUUGCUUUGAAGUUUGUGAUGUUGUUCUCCAUGCCGAUGCCAUCCACAGAGGUGGAGGUCAGGUUAUCCCAACUGCUCGGAGGGUUAUCUAUGCUUCUCAAAUCACAGCCAAGCCAAGGCUUCUCGAGCCCGUUUACCUUGUUGAAAUCCAAGCUCCAGAACAGGCUCUUGGUGGUAUCUACAGUGUCCUUAACCAGAAGCGUGGGCAUGUAUUUGAGGAAAUGCAGAGGCCUGGUACUCCACUCUACAACAUCAAGGCAUAUCUACCAGUCAUUGAGUCAUUUGGAUUCUCAAGUACUCUGAGAGCUGCAACAUCCGGCCAGGCUUUCCCUCAGUGUGUGUUCGACCACUGGGAUAUGAUGAUGUCCGACCCUUUGGAGCCUGGAACUCAGGCAGCCGCGCUGGUUGCUGACAUCCGCAAGAGAAAGGGCUUGAAGGAGCAAAUGACUCCACUCUCCGAGUAUGAAGACAAGCUGUGAGUUAAUUUUUACAUCAUUAAAGCCUCAAGUGCCUGAUAAUAUAAAGUUACAGACAAUAAACGGGAUUUGGAAUUAUGGUAGUUAGUGUCUUUUUUUUUUUUAUGUUGUCUCGUGUCCUUAGUAAUUAGUUUAUUUAACCUUAGAGUUGCUCCAACCGCAUUGGUUUGGAGGUUAUGUGAGUUUUUAUUUUAUGAUAUGAGUACGUCUUGCAUGGUUUGUGGAUUUGUUUAUAAUAUUUUUGGGGUGUUCUUUUAGCGAAACAUGCAUAUCUCCCGAGCUUUUGUAUUAUUAUUCAAGCACAAACAAUUGGGGGGUUGUAUUAAAUCUAUCGCACCAAUUAAUAAUAAAAUUGUUUUAGGUAUCGUAUUAUAUAUUUAA